CUCGUGCUCUAAAGUUGGGUUUGCUGGUAAUGGCCAUGAACACAUUUCAUGCACUGUUUUGCCCCUUCAUGUACCACCGCGCGCUAUAGUCCAGAGACCUGACCUAGAGAAUUGGUUGCACUUUAGAUUUCCCGGGUUUACUGGCUAACACGUGGCCGCAACGUCACAUGGGGAUCAGUACCUCGGACAGUGGCGUCUGCCAAUGCGCAGCUAAACGGCGGAUCUUUUUUCCACACCGAGAGACCAAGGGAGAAAAAAAUCAUAACAGGAAAACGUUGGGGGGGCAAACAACAUUGAUAAACAUUUUUUAACGGUUCAAUUAGCAUGCUAAUCCGAAACAAAGCGCUGCAUUUGUCCGUCUUCAAGAUGCACGUCGGUGAGACAACGGGGUUCAUACUAAUAUUUCUAUGACUGCUAUUCCAAAUAUUAUCGCUAUCAUCGUUAUUAUUAUAUAAAUUAGCACAAUUCGUUUGAUGUAUAUCACAUCGGUGCCACCAUGUCUCUCUGAUAGAAGAAUUCGCUGCAUCCUUUUUUCUUUCUUUUUUUUUUUUUUUUGGGGUGCAACAUCUUUCCGUUACAUGUUGUGCAGGAACCGUUGCAGAAGGGAAAAAAUCAGCAUGGAUAUUCGAUGGGAAAAGGAUGUUUGUUUUUAUGCUCGUUUUCGCCGUCGUAACCAAUGCGAUUUAAAAUGCGAAUACGUUGGAUUAUAAAUCGGAUCUCGGUGGUGUUCAGAGGGGGGACAGUUUGGGACAUAUUCUCAAUAUUUCAACCAAAAAAUGUUCUGUAAAGAAAAGAGAAAACACCAUGGUCUGGUAGCCGGGAUGGCAUUGAGGGACAAACAAAAGAGAGACGAUUUGAAUUACGUUUAAUUCUAGCUCGACUUUGAUUUUUCUUUAUCAUUUUGGAUUAUGUUUACGGACACGACACCCAUAUUCGGAAAUUUGGAUUGGUUGAUGUCGCGGUGUCUUCUGAUUUUAUAAAUGUCAUUUUACGGGAUCUUUGUUUCUCUUUAGCUCUCUCGCUCCCUCUUUCCCUGUCUCCUGCUUUUGAUAGAAUACUGAAUUUUCGUUGCAAACCUUGGGCAGCACGCUUAAAAACACGGUUUGCAGCGUAGCCACAGCUCUUAAAUAUUAAUAAGAAGGCCGAUUGUUAUAUUAUUGCUGUUUAAUUCGCUGAUCGCUCCUUAAAGCAUCUCCAGUGUUUCUUGUAUCGGCAUUCGAUGAAUACUGAAAGAGCUUCUGUCCCUUCACGGGAAGAGAAAGCCUUUCAUCCGCAUUUGUUAAUGUACACAUGCAAUUAGAGGGAAAUAAUAACAGCGAACGUUUUCCUCUAUCAUAUUUUCAUUUUUGACCGUUUAUUAGCUGAGUGUUUUCAUUGAUUGGCAUAGCCUAUUUUGGCUCUGAUUUCUAGGUUUUGAUAUCGUAGUCCAAUAGCGUACCCUAUAUCCGAUCCCAUAACCGUAUUAUUAACAAUUACAAUCCUACUGAUUAUAUGUAUUAUGGUAGCCAGAUAAUAAGCAGUGGGUUUGUAAAAUCUGAAUCCGGGAUGCUACGUUUAUCCCAUACCUGAAAUUGAUGGGUGUUUUUCACUCUACAUCUGGAUAUGCUUAUGUAGUAAACGAUGUUUAAGUAUCGGAUCCGCAUGUUUUUCAACGAACUGAAGGUACUGGUUUUGAUGCGGUCCGGUUCUAGACGGGCCGACUCAGACACCGACGCAGACAGACGAACGAGCAUGAGAGGGCUCGGGGUGGGCGGUUGUGGUUGGCCGGCCUUUGAUUGCUCUUCCCGGGACGAUGAAGAGGAGUACUACGGGACGGACCCGCGGCCACGGAGUCUGGCUUUUGAGGAGAAGGACGCCAAGGUGCAGGCGGGCCUGGACGCGGUAUCACUCACGAGCAGCAUGGACAGCGGCAUGCGCUCACCGCAAUGUCGGAUCUGCUUUCAGGGACCUGAGCAGGGGGAGCUGCUGAGCCCGUGUCGCUGUGACGGCUCAGUGCGCUGCACGCACCAGCCCUGCCUGAUUCGCUGGAUCAGUGAGCGGGGCUCCUGGAGCUGCGAGCUCUGCUACUUCAAGUACCAAGUGCUGGCAAUCAGUACCAAGAAUCCACUGCAGUGGCAGGCCAUCUCCCUGACGGUGAUAGAGAAGGUGCAGAUCGCAGCCAUCAUCCUGGGCUCCCUGUUCCUCAUCGCCAGCAUCUCCUGGCUGGUCUGGUCGUCCCUCAGCCCCUCGGCCAAGUGGCAGCGGCAGGACCUGCUCUUCCAGAUCUGCUACGGCAUGUACGGCUUCAUGGACAUCGUCUGCAUAGGCCUUAUAAUUCAUGAGGGCUCAUCAGUAUAUCGGAUCUUCAAGCGCUGGCAGGCCGUGAACCAGCAGUGGAAAGUGCUGAACUAUGAAAAGGCCAAGGACCUGGGGGACCCAAUCAGCUCGAGCGGCAAGGCCGGGGGGCGGGGCUCGCGGAGCAACCCCCACGGCUCGGCCGGCGGCGACAGGGGGGGGAGGCGGGGCCAGCGCGUAAGGACUAUUCUCAACCACCACUGUGGCUACACCAUCCUGCACAUCCUGAGCCAGCUGCGGCCCAACGACCCCCGCAUCAGCUCCACGGCGAACCGCGAGGUCGUGAUGAGGGUCACCACCGUAUGAGGCAGGGGGACGUGCGGCGGAGAGGGGAGCGCGGAACAGUGGACAACGACGGCCUCGCGGGCCCGAAACCCCGCCACCCCCUCCCCUCCCCCGCUGCCAGCAAAGACUUUCUUCCUACUGAUGAAUGCAUGGAGCAACAGUAGUGAAUGAAUUUAAUGGUGGACUCUCUCCCCCCCUCUCUGUUUCUAGCUUUCUCUCUCUCUCUCUCUCUCUCUCUCUUUUUCUCUCUCUCCCGAGUUUCUUAUACAAAACAAAAAAGAAAAAAAAGUGCACGUUUUUAAGUGCAAAUAAACAAAUGCUGAAAAAACGGGGGACAAAAAUGAAAAAAAGCAAAACGCAAACAGACGAAACAGCUUCAAAACAAAACUCAAAGAGCUGGAGAGGUUUUUGUUCCCCAGCCGGAGUACGCAAAGCAUUGCCAUUUCUCUUGUUCUUCUCUUUUUUUAACUGUGAUAAUUAUUGUUACCGAUUUUUGAUUUUAUAAGACGAAACAUUAUAAGGAAAAAAAAAAAACGAAAUUUCAUACGUCGGCCCCCGGCUCGAGCCACCUGUCCAUAUUAAACUCUUCCACUUCCUGUCGUCAUCGGUUCUUUCAUUGGUGUUUAUGGAGAUGGAUGCUCCAUCUGCCUGGCCUGAACUGGCCCCUCUGUACGGCAGCCAUGGGGCCGAGAAUCACAACAAACAAACAAAACAGCGCAAUAAAAAAACAUUUAAAAGAGAAAUGAAUGAACGAUACUGAAGUUCCAUAAACACAAAUUUGUCUCUGCAAUAAAGAUAUCUGUACAUUUCAUGGCGAA